CGAGGAAGGGAGGAGGACGUGGACGCGGACGGCGACGGGGAGAGAGCAGAGCAUGGUGUGCACGCGAAGCUAAGCUGAACGCAGCUGACGCGGAUUCCUUGCUGUGCUGACUCUGCUCGAGACAGACACGUCGUCUAUGGUUGCACGCUUGGCCCGGGUCGAGAUAUAACGUCCCGCUCGUCGCCGAGCGCCGGGGAGAAGGAGAAGGCCGUCGCGUGCGCUGCGCUGCUCCGGGCCUCGCGCAUCGAUCGAUCGAGCGAGACGAGCUCUCGAAUAAAGAAGAGCGCGAGUUCUCGCGCCUUCCGGCCUUGCGUUGCGCAAUUCUAGAGGAAUCGAAUCAUUCCACUGCUUCUCUGACAUCGAGUGCGAAGAACGCCUAAUCAGCAUUAAAUUGUUAUUUUAACGAGUGAGGUUCUCGUCGUUGAAUUCGUCGAGAUUUCUGUUCACAAACGAUGUUGUCGUCUGCUCCUGCAUCCAUGAUUUCCUCCUCGGCUGCUCUGGCGCUGAGAGCACCGGCGGCGGGAUGUCCAGAGGCGAGGGCUGCCUUCGCUGGGCCCAGCAGCAGCAGCAGCAGCUGCAGCAGCCUUCCCACAGUUUCUUGUAGGAGCGCAGCAGCGGAUUCACGUACAUGGAGCAGCAGGGAAAGUUUCGGGCGAGUGAAGGGACUAGGGUAUUCUUGUGGUUCGUCAGGUUCGGUGCAGAAGAAGCAGCAGAAAUCAUGGCGGAGGAAGAAAUUGGGCACGGCCAUGGCCACGAUGGCGCCGGCUCGGCCGCAAGAGCAGGAGCAAGGUCGCGAGGGCGAGGAGGCUAAACGGGAGGAGGAUGUAGGAUCGAACGAGGAUAAGACUGGAACAUUCUCCUGGAAGGAUCACUGGUACCCUGUGUCACUCGUCGAGGAUUUGGACCCUGAGCUGCCGACUCCGUAUCAAGUGCUCGGGAGGGAAAUUGUGGUUUGGAAGGACAGGGAGGGAAGCUGGAGGGCGUUUCUGGACAAGUGCCCUCAUCGACUGGCUCCACUUUCCGAGGGGCGGAUCGACGAGAAUGGAUGGCUGCAGUGCUCCUACCAUGGCUGGUCUUUCAAGCCUGAUGGAGCUUGCGGAGUCAUUCCGCAGGCCGCAACCGAAGGGCCGGAGGCCAAAGCUCAAUUCUCACCCAGAGCUUGUGCUACGACCUUGCCUACCCUCGUAUCCGAUGGCUUGCUCUUUAUAUGGCCGGAUGAGAAGGGUUGGGACAAGGCCAGAGAGACUGAGCCGCCCAGACUGCCUCCAGCGUUUGUCGAUCCUGAGUUUGCCGUGGUGAAUAUUCAGAGGGACCUGUUCUAUGGAUAUGAUACUUUGAUGGAAAACGUCUCAGAUCCUUCUCAUAUCGAUUUCGCUCACCACAAAGUGACAGGGAGACGGGAUAGGGCGAAGCCUCUGCCUUUCCAGGUCGAAGAAAGUGGGCAUUGGGGAUUCAAGGGGAGUAACUCUGACACUCCUAAGAUCACCACCGGGUUUUUGCCGCCUUGCUACUACUACAAUAAGAUAGAAAUUCCGGCUCCAAAAUUGCCCUUCUCGGACAAGGAAACAUGGACGAUUUGGAUCUGCUCCUUCAAUGUCCCCAUGGCCCCCGGGAAGACUCGAUCCAUCGUGUGCAGUGCGAGGAACUUCUUUCAGUUUACGGUGCCUGGACCAGAGUGGUGGAAGAUCAUGCCUCGUUGGUAUGAGCACUGGACUAGCAACAAGGUUUAUGACGGAGACAUGAUCGUGCUUCAAGGACAGGAGAAAUAUUUUAGUAGCAGUGGCAACUAUGCCGAAGUGAGCAAGAAUUACACGAAAUUGACUUACACUCCGACGCAGGCAGACCGGUUUGUUUUGGCCUUCCGGAGCUGGUUGAGGAGGCAUGGCAAAGGACAACCGGAGUGGUUUCCUGAAACAGACAUGACUAAACCUCUGCCUUCGCUGGUUCUCUCCAAAAGACAGAUGCUCGAUCGGUUCGAGCAGCACACUCUCAUCUGCUCCUCUUGCAGAAAAGCUUUGGAAAACUUCCGGCUUGCACAGAAGGUGUUAUGGGGUGCCACAGUGGCUCUUGCUGCAGGUGCUGGAGUUCCACCGGAGAUGUCCUUGCGUCUAGUCCUAGCGGCGUCGGCAGUGAUUUGUGCAGGAUUAGCAUUCCUUUUGAAAGAGUCCGAGAAGAAUUUCAUAUUCAAGGACUAUGUCCACGCCAAGAUCGAUUAAUCUCAGCUGCCCAGAUCCAUCCAUGUAUAUGUAUGUAGCAAGUGGCAGGAGGGGAGCCGUGUAGCAUGGCUACGCUCCUCCCCUCCUUGCCUCCUUCCGUAUUCUUCGUAGAAUAUAAAUCACUGCAUCGGCGAUUACUCAAAUUAGCAACCUAGCUGGUAAUUGCCGUGCUGGAUAUUCUUCCUAUAAUUUGUGCAGAGAUUCUUUUCUGUAGAGUUCAGAGCGAUGGCAAUUUCAUCUGUUCUGAGGAUGUCCAUGAAUAUGCCGGUUUUCGAUGUACAUAUGUUUAUUAACUUGUAUAUUAUUCCAAAGAUGUCAAGCCCAGGUUUCCCAGUAUCUCUCUGCCUUUUUAAUCCAUGCGGUGUACAUUGAAGUCGAAUAGUGCUGUUCAAAUUGGAAUACUUGGCAAACGAAUUGAGGACUCGCAUCUUUCACUUCUUCCUCCUCUAGCAAAAAGAGAUUGUCCUGUACAUGAAGCUUUUAUGAUGUCCUAUGGAGCAAUAUGAUGCAGACUGGAACAAUUGCACAUCAAGUACGAGAAGCACAAGAUUAUGUAUUGCCGAGCAAGAGGUUGCUCACUGAAACUAGUGUGGUACAGAAAGAAGAUUACUGUCAAGGUUAAUGAGAUUGAUACCAACUGGAGUGGAGGGAUAGAAGGAGACUUCGUAGAAUCUUUCAUGCUUCUACGGUAAAGUUUAUCUUGACAUAUAUUCACCACUCUUAACAUCCUAAGUUUCUAAGGCUUCUACUUGAGAGUAAGCUCACGUCACCAUAUCUAUUGCUUCUAGCAUUAAGCACGCCAUCGUAAAACUUUCAUGUACAAAUAAUCUCUGGAAGCUGGACACUACUGAAUUGGUUGUAAUGUACAGGAAAAUCCUUUGUUCAUCUCAUACUCCAGUGUAGAAUAUGUGUGACAGUGAAACAGGAGUAGAAAUGAGCACUUUGUCCAACCCCUUCGAGAACAGUCGCGGGGCUGUUUAACCCAAUGGCUACUCUGAUUCGAGCUAUAAUGAAUGGCUUGUGCCAGUUAAAAUUCUCAUCAUGUCUCGAAAAUAAGAGAAACAUAAUAGUAAAGUUAUUGAAAUUAACUCU